AUGGGAGGUCAUGGUCAUGGAUCUUCAAUGAAAAUACCAUCUCCUGACAUAUAUAAAAUAGAAGAUGUGCCAGAGCUCAAAAUGGUUCAAGAAAAACUAGCUAAACAUGGGUUGAAAGAUCCUUGGUUGAGAAAUGAAGUUUGGCGUUAUACAGCACUUCCUGGUUCUUCUCAUGCCUUACGAUUAUUUAAAACAUUUACCAGGGGUAUGCUACUUGGAUUUGCUGGAUUUUUAGUAACACUAGGUAUAGAAAAAUCUCUUGGAAUUAGUUAUGAUCCUAAACAUGAUGAUCACGAUCAUCAUGAUAGUCAUCAUUAGUUUUAUUUAAAAAAUAAUUGGUAAUAUAGAGAAAUAUUAUAAAAUUGCUUAAUUAUUGUUGUAUAUUAUAAAUUUGAAAAUAAAUUAUAAUUUAAAUGAAA